AUAUCGCGAAGAUGCGCUAUGCUGGGGUGACAGGAAAUCUAUGGAGGAAAUCGGAGCUGCUCAGUCCUCGGUCAACGCAAGAAUUCUCGAGCUUCGAAAGGAAAAAUCUCGGGAUGCAGCGAGAUCACGGCGGGGAAAGGAAAAUUAUGAAUUCUACGAGCUGGCGAAAAUGCUGCCUCUACCUGCGGCUAUCACUAGCCAGUUGGAUAAGGCUUCCAUUAUAAGACUGACAAUAAGUUAUCUCAAACUAAGAGAUUUCUCUGGACAGGGCGAUCCACCAUGGAGCCGUGAACAGUCGAGCAGUAGCAAAUUGAAAAGCGCUGCAAUUCGACGUAGUCCCGCCGUGGAUUUAUUCGAGCAACAUCAAGGCACUCACAUUUUACAGUCCCUCGAUGGAUUCGCAUUAGCCGUUGCUGCAGAUGGUCGAUUUUUAUACAUAUCGGAAACAGUCUCUAUUUACUUGGGUCUGUCUCAGGUGGAAAUGACAGGAAGUAGCAUAUUCGACUACGUUCAUCAGAGCGACCACGCGGAAAUUGCCGAUCAACUGGGAUUAAGCUUAACUAACGGCGGCAUUGCUGGUGGUGGUAAUGGCAACGGCACAACUGGCCUGGCGUCGCCCACUUCAGGUGCGUCAGACGACGGCAUUGGCACUCACGGCACGAAUAACCCCGACGUCUCUGCGCAAAUGACAGUGUCCUCUACCAGCGGGUACAAAGGCUACGAGCGAUCGUUUUGUAUUCGCAUGAAAUCGACACUUACCAAACGAGGCUGCCAUUUCAAAUCCUCCGGCUACCGGGUAGUCUUGUUGUUGUGCAAGCUGCGACCGCAAUACACGUUCUCACAU